UGUCGUCCUCCGACAGUUGAAAGAAGACAAGAAUCGUCGAGGUUGUGCGCGUGUGUGUGCGUGCGUGCGUGCGUGCGUGUGUGUUUGCCUCGUUCGCGCCCUCGUUCGCGCGCAAAAGAAAGAGAAAGAGAGAAAAAAGAAGAAGAGAAGAGAAAAAGGAUCGCGGUAGGGGUAGGUCGUUGAAAAGGGUCGAGGAGAAGGCUGGUUUCGAUCGUGGUGUUUCCGUUCUUUUUUUUUUUUUUUUUUUUUUCUCCACGAGAAACGUUGAACGCGAUAUAAGGCGGUCGUCAGAGGCGUCGAGGGCGAGAGGGCGUGCAGGAGGGCGGGAGGGGGGAGGGCAGGCGACAGGGAAGGAUGUCGAUGCGCCGCCGGUGGUCGGUUUCGGGGGUUGACUCGCGCCGCGGGGGCGAUGAGCGCACUUCCCUCCGCCCUGAGACUGACCUGCUGCCGUUCCUGGCUCCUGCUCAUCUGCCUACUUUGCCUGGUGUCCGGCUGCACCUGCCGCGGCACGCGACCGGAUCGCCUGACUCGCCAAUUACCGGCAGAUGAUGACGUGCGCGUAUCCAACUACGACGACGACGACGUCGACGAAGACUAUCAGGACAACGUCACUGCGAAGGGGCAGCAGCUGGGCUCGCCGUGCGAUGUCUCGUGCAAUCCGAAACUGCAGCACGUGUUCUGCGACACGGUCACUGGUUUCUGCGAGUGUGAAAAAUUCUAUCCAGUUCGUCUCGGCCCCUCGAAAGGAUGUGCCAAACCUAAAAGACUCGGAGAGCAAUGUUUCUAUCGCGCGAGUUGCACUUUUGCGGAUCAACACUCGACCUGCACCCAGGUGCAACACAAUGCCGUAUGCGACUGCGAAGAGGGUUACCAUAGAGUUUCCUUGUCCAGGCCUAGCAAGAAGGUGUUCUGCGCCGAAGAUCUGGUGCUGAUAACGACAGAUAUUCCGACCCUGCUCUGCAUAGCAUCGGGAAUAGCGGUAUUCACGGCGAUGAUAUGCUUCGUGCUCAAGUUAUUCAGCCGCGCGAGAUACUCAAGACCGCGGCACUAUGCCAACGCCAAUCACGCGCCUCCUAUGCUCUUCUCCAGCGACACGGGUAUUCCAUUGACGCUUCACGGUGGCCGACCAUCGUCGCGUUCCAGUCAGAGGAGCAGCACAGGAGGACCGUUGACCUAUGCAUUCUCCAGGAGGCCUAGCAGCGGUGGUAGCCGCGGUCCCCUGGUACCAUCGUCGAGAGCAGGUGCGGCACGUGCCGCCGCCAUCUUGCUUAUAUCGUGUCACCUGCAGGCGACCAAAGGCGGGAACAAGCAUCGACGUACCCUUAGCGAUGUUGCUGAGGGAUCGUCCGACGGCCUCGGUUCACGUCGCCCUAGUUUAACGUCGGUUCACAGUUCGACGUCCUCGGCACGAAGUUACAGCGCGAGACGGCUCGAGAAAGAGAGGAACGAGAAGGAGCAGAGGCAAGCUUUGCAGGAGUUGAGACUGGCGAAACAACGGGAGCAACAGCAGCGAGAGCAGCAGCAACAGAUCGCGCCUACGCCUAGCCCUAGAACGCCUCAUUCCAUGGACGAGCUGUUGCCUUCCGUGGAGGAGGGAAAGGAAGUGUUUUAUAACGAGCAGGUGCCGACGACAUCGGAGAUGACCGAAGAAACGUCGAUGAAAACAACGGCCGUAACGACAACCAACAUAAACGCGAGCAGAUUCGGUGAAAUGGCUCCCGUCACAACCUCGACAACGUCCAUCUUCGAAACGAACAUCGCGCCCCGUGCCACCGGUGACAUUUUUCAAGUGUAGUUAAGGACAUAAUUAUCGAUGAACUAAUAUAAUAACUCACGUGACUCGAAUCGAACGGUACAAGCCUAGUGCGAAGGGACGAGGAAUUUUCAUUACACGAAUUACGUAGCAGCACAGUUCCGUAAUAAAGCUAAAAAAAAAAAAAAGAAAAAAAAAAAAAAAAGAAAGAAACAAAGAAAAUGUCUCGAGUAAGAAAUAAAUGAAAAUGGAGGUGAACGGUUAAUUAGAAGCGAACGGUUAAAAUAUAAAACGCGAAUGUCCACGUGCAAAGGGGGGGGAAAAAAAAAAAAAUGCUCUGUCACGGACACGGUGCUUUUUUUGAACGAAUAAAAAAGAAAUUGUAGAUACACAAUGGGUACAAAGGAGGUAUGCAGAGUUGUUAAAGUUGAAGUUUUUGCUUGAGCCACGCGCGAAGGCCUAGAAUUUAUUCUAAAAAUGAUAUGUUUUUAUUACCUAGGUACGAAAGGUACAGCUUUCAGUAAUAAAAAAAUUGAUAAGAUCGAAAACCAGUUAAGAUCGUUCAACUCUAGAAUACGUAAUAUUCAGGAAUGUACCUGAACGUAGAUGAGGGUAUAUGAAGUAGUACCUGAACAUAGGGGUGGUACGUGUUGGAUGCUUGAAAAGAUGUAGGUAGAGAUUUCGCGAGAAUUCUGGUCCAGCAGCGAAAUAUUCCUUGUCCGUGAUUAUUAUUGUAAGCUCAGAUAUACGUAUAAUUUCGAAUUUGAAAAUAUAAAUGGGAUAUAUUAAUUUGAUCGAAUUUUUGAACUUGUUUUUCUUAUUGGAAGAAAAAAAUACGGAAAGGAUGAAGUGCAAGAUUUUUUUCGAUAACUCGAAUCAGUCCCGAAUUUCGAUCGCUUUACGGGUAAGGGAAAGAAGAAAGAUUUGGUAUCCCAAAUAAUGAUUUUUUUAAGUAUUUUCGAUUAAAAUUAUUGAUUCAACGAUAGAAUUUUUUUUAUUUAAAAUUCACGGACAAAUUGUCGAGAAUAAAUACAAUUGAUUGAACACAAGAUAAAGAUCAAGAUUCGAAUUAAUAUUUUUGAAUGCUCGAUUGUACCACGAUUACGAUUUACUUACAUAUCAAUAAUUGUUUUACGAAAUAUCGAACAAAGAUUUUAUCUAUCAAAUUUUACAAAUUCACAUUUCUUCCUUUCGCAUUUAUUAUCUUCUUACUUAAAUCUUAUCUACUUAAACACAUAUCAAUUGAACGAAACAAAAUUGAUUCAAAUUUUAAAAAUAUCGCUCGAGAUAUUAAGAAACAAAUGGAAAAAUAAUUAUACCAAUAUUUCUAUAAUUAUUCACACACUCAAAUCCGCGUAGCAGAAUUCGAUAGGAAAGAAAAAAAAAAAAAGCAAAAUUGCAUUUGUCAAUGUUUAUCUUUAAAAGUUUAUCCAUUUACACGUGUAUUUAAAAAUCACAAAAAAAACACACACACAUGCACAUGCACACAAAUUCAAAAAUAUUUAGUUUCACGUGAAAAUAUCGAUCAUUUCGUUUGCUUGAACGGAAUUUUCUGCGACAAAAUGCAAUUGGCAGGGCAUUCUCGAGUGGGUCGAGGCUAAACAUACCUCUAAUCUUAGGUAGACUACUCUGUGAGAACCAAAUGGAAAAAAGUGAAAAAAUAUCGGGCUGGUGCUUGGACGAAACCAAGAUGUGGCACCAGCAAGAAUUGUAUAACAAAACGCUAAAAAAUAUUUAAAAAAAAAAAAAAAAAUUGUGCUACGACUAUUGCGAUCUCGUUAUCUCGCUUUUCUGCGACCGAAACUGCGUGAAGCACGGGCGGUUUCACUAAUUUUCUUCGAACAAACACACAUUGACCAAAAAAAAUUCAAUGAAAAACACAAUUAUCGAGAUUGAAAUAAAGAAAAAUUCAUUUUUUCCCGAAUAUAUAUACUUGACAGAGGUACGAAAUUAUUUAUCUCGAAUGGAGGAACUCGUUCGAGGUACAUCGUGAAAAUUAAGUAAUAAAAUAUUUCGUUGAACGAUCUACGAUGAUGCCGUUAUUUUAUGGUAUACGUAAUCACGAAACGUGGGAAAAGAAUAAAUUUUAUUUCUUGCGAUAGAAGAAACAAGUGAAAAAUAAAGAAAAUUAAUUCUUUAUCUUUCUUUUUUUCUAUUAUAAAUAAUUAAUAAAUUUUAAUGCUCGUUUCAUAAAUGCCAAUGAAAACCGUCUCGUUGCAUCGAUGCAUAUGAUUUUUCCGAGUCGCUCGGCUCGCCAAUUGUAAAUUAGUAGAGAUAAAAAAAAUCGUUAAAAUUAUAUAUAUAUUCUAUAUAUACAUAUUCUAUAUAUACAUGUAUAUACGUAAGAAAGCGAACAUGCACGAGGGGUUGUGUUGCAUUUUCACCGAAGAGAGAAAAAAAAAAAAAAAAAAUGAAGACGUCCCCCUGUCGCAAGAAAUAGGAAGUAAUUUAAAAAAAAAAAAAAAAAAAAAAUAUGAGAAAAACGUAUAUCGACAUCUCGUGUUCGAAUAAUUACGCUGCCUUUCCCGAUCAAAUAAAUGACUAAAUAAAUCUAAAAAGAAGAAAAAACCAGUAAAAAAGAAAAAAAAAAGAAUACAAAAAAGUGAAGAGGAAAAAAAAAGAUG